AUGCCGGACACUGACCCCACGCCAUCCGGCAGCAUCUCGGCAGCCGUCCUCAAGCUGCCUGCCUUCUGGCCCGCGGACCCGCAGCUGUGGUUCGUCCAGGUUGAGUCGCAAUUUGCGACUCGUCGGAUCACAGCGGACAUGACAAAAUUCCACCACGUCGUAUCCAGCCUCUCCCCAGCCAUCGCCACGGAGGUGCGAGACCUGCUGAUCACACCGCCAGCAGAAGACGCCUACAACACACUAAAGGCACAGCUCAUUCGCCGGACCAGCGCCUCGGAAGAAAAGCGUCUCCAGCAGUUGCUCACUGCCGAGGAACUGGGCGACCGGACGCCUACGCAGCUGCUGCGUCGAAUGGAGCAGCUCCUCGGGGACAAGGCGUCUACCAUCGACGCCUCGCUCCUCCGCGAGCUAUUCCUGCAGCGGCUGCCAAGCAACGUGCGGAUGGUGCUCGCAUCGGCAGGUGACAUCGGCCUUGCCAAUAUUGCUGAGCUCAACUGGGCCGAUUGCAGCAGAGCGAGUCGAGAGAGUCUUGUUUGGGGAAAGAGGGUUUCACCAGAGAUUAGUAACAGCUCGCUACGUCUGCUACCUCCGCUGUCAAGAGUCAACAUCGAACCAAUCAGCACCGCCGAAGUCACGCCGGACGACACCAAAAUGAUAAAGAAGAAUGGGAAUAUAAAAAAUAAAAGGGAAACAUUUGUUUUCCAAGUGUCCAAAUCAGACCGAGAACGGAACAGACAAUUGGAUUAG